UUUUUCUGCUCUCUUUUCAGAAUUUCAAGGCGACCUGAUUAAAUUCUACAGAAAAAGGUGUAGUUCAAUACCUCUCUCACCGCUUCUUGAAGAAAUAGAGACACCUCUAGCUGGGUUCUAUGUAAUGCCAGAUUUAGUCGCUGUAAAACAGAAGUCCCUAACCUGUCAUGAAGAGGAAAGAACUCCGAUGAAGUCUUUGAAAGACCUGUUUUCAACCGGAAGUGCAGAUCAGCAAGAAAUUUAUCUAUCAGCUGAUGCAGGCUUUGGAAAAACUGCUUUCUCUAAAUAUCUUGCAAUCACGUGGUGUCAAUCUCAUUGUCACGAUGAAAAAUACGCCAGUUUUAAUGAUGACGAGUUAAACACAUUAUUUGACUUUAAGUUCUUAUUUUUGGUUUUAUUAAGAGACUGUACCUAUGUUUGUAACAUUGACGAUAUGAUUGAACAGCAAAUUACUAGGAAACUUCCUCCUUCAGCAACAAUCCAUGAAGUUUUACGUAGAGAAAAAUGCUUGAUUAUAUUGGACGGUCUUGAUGAAUGGACUCACCCUUUAAAUAGUUGUGACGAAGUCACAGAAAAAAUCCCACAUCGGUACGUACGUGAUAAUUGUGUUAUCCUAACGACAACUCGACCGUGGAAGCUCGGAGUUUCAAAUCUCAAAACAAGUCAAAUAAACAAAAAAGUAGAAUUGAUUCAAUUAAGUGCAGAUUCCACGCAGAAACUAGAAGAAAAUGCUAUAAGGAAAAUGACCGGUGUCCAUAACGAUAGAGUAUUGAAGAGUAAAAUACAGGACUUUAAUAAAGUGAUACGUGACCGUCGCCUAGAGCACAUGCAAGUGAUUCCACUCCUCCUCAUGUAUAUAGUUUGCCUAUGGUGCAACAACAUUCCUAUAGGAAAUUCAAAACAUGAAAUUUACACCAAUAUCAUUGAAUUUCUAUUAUCGAGAACGUCAAAGAAACACCCGGAAGUUCAACCAUCUCGUGAAUCGUCUGCCAGUGAAAUUCCAGAAUACUUCAAAAGUCACGAAUUUUGUAAAAAGUUUUACAGCCUUAUAACAUCAUUAGCAGAACUAGCUUACCAAACAUUAUUUAACGAAAAUAGAGAAAACACGCUACUAUUUGAUAGAACAGUUGCUGACAAAUAUCUCAAAGCAGACCACAUGAAAUUAAGUCUUCUCUCAGGAAUACUGUCAGAAAGUAGAAGUAAAACUUUAAUCAAAGAAAUUAUCAAAGUAUCGUUUUCCCACAAAACAGUGCAAGAAUUCUUCGCCGCAAUAUUUAUAAGUUCUCAAAGUGACGCUAAGAAAAUUGUUGUAGAAAAAUGUAGAAAUGUUCAAGACAUUCUGGACAUGUCAAAGGUUUGUGAAUUUAUAAGUAAAAUGAAUGCUGACCGGAUGUGUGCAAUAUCACAUGAAUUGAUGUCUGUGAUAAAUGAAGACGAGAAAACACGCGAAUAUAGAACUAGGAUAGGUGACGAGAGCAUGUACAAUAGUCCAUUGUAUAGCAUACAGGAAAUGUUCAUGUCGUGUUUACAAGAAAUGCCUGAAAGUGAAAAUAUUCAAUUAUGUUUACAAGAUUUCUUCAUUGACCGGGACACCAGGGUGCACAUUGGGCAGUUACAACGUUUGUCAAAACAAAAUAAAACCAACAUAAAAUCACUUUAUAUAGACAUCUUCUAUACUUCCAGCAGUUUACGUGAAAUUAUAGAUUUAUUCUCUCUCACAGAUCUCAGUCAUAUACAGAAACUUUUCUAUCGUGGAGGCAUGAAGAAGGAGGCUCAGAUAAGUCAGAUAUUGUUUCCCAAUUUACAGUCCGUUACUUUGUUGGGUGGUGAAUGGAAAAAUGAUGAACAAAACCUCAGUGAAAACUUGGCGCGAUGUCAAAACUUACAAUAUUUAGAUAUUGGCUACUUCACGUUAUCUCACAAAAUACUGGAAACAUUUUUCAAUUUUUUCUCCGGUCAAAAAGCUAUGAAAGUGUUAAUAUUGAGGAACUUAGACUGUAGAGAGCAUGGCCGCCAAGGUUGUAAGAGAUUGAUGAACUUGGACUUGUCUCAACAUUCAACUCUAUCAGAGUUACACUUGGAGAAGUUACCUGCGAGGCUACAAUUAAAUAUAUCAACACCGUCAUUAGUUUAUGUUAAGUUGCAGAAAAUCAAUCUAGAUGAAAGUUCAUUAUUACUGUCACGUGACAUGGUGAAUAUUGAACGUGUGGAGUUGGGGUAUAUAGAAAUGUCUGCAGGAAGUUUACAGAACUUUAUUUCCGUGCUAGAAAAUCUGCCGCAGUCAGUUACAGUAGAGAUGAAAGCCAUUAAACCGGAAACAGAAUAUGACCGUGUUAGAGAAAAUAUUAGGAGAUCACAAACUUUUCAUGUGAUACAAGAAGAAAGUGAGGAUAAGUGGCAGCCAUUUGAGUUCAAAAGCAAAGAAUAGACAAGAAAUAACAUUGUGAAAUAAAUUGAAGAAGUUACUUCAAUAAUUUUAGAUAAACAAAACAAUUUAAAUAUGGACAUUUAGAAACAAAAUGGCGGUUCUUCGAACUACAUUAUAGUCUUCAAUUAGGACAUGCAUGUAAUAUACGUUUCCAAUUUAAACAUUAAUUGACAAUUGAUUAUAGAUAAAAAAAAAACUGAUAGAAGUAAUUCAUGGACGUUUUUUACAAGUUUUUACGGAUAUUAAUGGAUAUAAAAGUUGGACAAGGAUAUGGAAAUAUUUCACAGCGGCAUUGGAUCAAAUUUUCAAAUUAUUUAUGAUGCAGAACCUCUUGUGACAUUUACCAUUAUGACUUGUGUGGUGAUAGAUCAAUUUUAUUGGGAUGAUUGGAUAUGUUUUGAACAACUUCUUUGGAAACAGAAGUUUCAUGUGUCAAGAAUAUAAGCUUCAGUAAAACUACAGUGACAAUGAUGACAACGCUUCUACGAGAAUAAAAUAUAAAGACUUGACACCUGGUUCCUGGCAUUACAGAAACAUACACGAAAGAAAAUUGCUCUAAAAUAGUUUCGUAUAAUAUUUCUGAUUAAUAGAUUAACCCGAAACAGACUAGCAAACUGUUGCAUUGUUUUACCAUAAAUGGUAAUUUACGUGUAAAAAGAUAUUACCACCAAUGCUGCUGUCAAAUAUAUUCCUGAGUUCCUUCAAAAUAUGUUUUGUGGAUUACUGUCAUACCGUUUGUAAACCUCUUUUGAUUUAACAACAUCUUAUUGAAUUAAAUGUAUUGGUUUAUUAAAUAAGGGACAUAAAGUAUAGAGGGAUAAGCAACUACCGACUGAUGUUGGCGUCCAGAUGACAGCCAAUCUGCGAUAGAGUUUCAAUCAUAUAUUUAUGCCGCAAUUGUUAAACAAUAUAUUGACAAAAUAUUGUAAAGAUCAUUAAGAUACUAAAGGUCGAUAAAAUAUUUCAUGCAUUUCACAUCUAACAUAGACUAGAGCUCUACUCUAAAUCCAUUUCUAAUUAUUAUUGAACAAAUGUUUGACCUGUCUAAAGAAUGAACAAAAUAUAAUUAUAUAAUUUCUAUUUCUGUGGCAUUAUGUGCUCAUUUAUUUUUGCAAAUCCAUGUUCUAGUCAUUUUGAUGGGUUUUUUUAAAGGCUCAUUAAACUUCAGAAAUGUUACUAUUUUUAUUUCUAAAUAAAACUGUUUAUUUUACAGGCAUUUAUAACAGUUUCGAAACACGAACUCAUUUGUUUUAUGUAAACAUGAAUUUUUGUUUGCAUCUUUAAUAUGUUGAUAAUUGGUAAAACAAUAGUAAAUAAGUUAUUCGUAUGGAAGUCAAAAUACUACUUUUUACAUUUUUCUUCUAGUAAGACAUAUUACCGCAUGUUCCGUAUCAUUUUUUUUCAGUUUUAAAACAUCUAAAAUGCAAUUAUCCAUUAUUUAAACAUUAUUAUUAAACACAUAUUUUAC